AGCACAACUACUAAACGUUAAACACUUUUGCGGAGCUGCAACUAAUGAAUAAAUAAUUCAAGCGCUUUAAAAAAAGAUGGUAUAUAAUUUUUACACCUAUUUACUCCUUCUAAUGGCGACUCUUUGCAAAGCUUUACCAAAAGAAAUCAAAAAAUGUCAUUUUGGAGAUGAAAAAUGCAUAGUAGAUUCGAUGAAUUACGUUGUAAAACAUUAUCCGAAAGGAAUACCUGAAAUCGGACUAAAACCAAUUGAUGUGGUUGAUAUAGGGGAUCUGCGGCUCUUAGAAACCGAUAAAUCUAGAGCCACUUGGAUAGGUGUGAAUUUAACAAAACAAGUGAAUUAUGGAUUUGAGAAUACGACAAUAACGAAAGUUGAGGGCUUCGAAAAAGAUCCAACAGUUCUUACGAUCUCUGGCCAUAUACCUAGUUUAGUUCACAAGGGUCUCUUCGAUGCGUCGGGACGAGUCUGGUUAGUUGCGUUGAACAUAUCGGGUGAAUCUACAUCGGAAUUUCAGAAACUUCGAUUUACCUUAAAACUUAAAGGCGCAAUUGAAUAUCGAAAUAAUAAACGGUAUUUUAAGAUCUACGAGCUAAAACCAAUUGUUAAAAUAGAUCGCUGGAUUCUGUGGAUGGAAGACCUUUUUACGGAGAACAGCGAUUUGACCAUUUUAGUCAAUCGAAUAUUUAAUGAUCGCUGGCUUGAGGUUUGGAAUGAGUGGGAAACGCAAAUAUUGGAUUCAUUUUCUGGAGUAUUUUUGGGCAUGGUCAAAGAGACAUUCGAUAGGAAUUCGUAUGAUGACUUGUUUCUUAUUGAUCUGCUAUAAGUUCUCGAUCGAAAUGAAUCAUUAUAAAAUUUUGGUGCAUUAAGGCCUACGAAAACCUCAGCAGUGAUCUCAUAUUCAGCUCCAGCUUGGAACAGAUAGUUGUAUUAAAAAAUAAUUAGAAUACAACUAAUUAAUUAAUAAUAAUAAAACAACAUGUCAUUUUAAUAUAUUACGCUUAGACUAACCUUUAGCUUGGUAUUUCGCCAUUAUAUAAUCGUCAACAUUACGGAUAUAAAUAAACACUGCAGUUAUCAUUCAU